GGGUUGGUAUGACGACGUGGGGAGAGCAUCGUCGAAAUAGAGUCUGGAACUCUGGUUGGGGUGGAAGAAGUCAGCAACAUAUCUUGUCGUCUUGUCUCUGAUGUGUGAAGAUCCCAAACCUCCCUCCCAAGUUUUAUUCCAUGGAAACUGUGUAAAGUAACAAUAACCAGACGGGCGUGAACUCGGAAGUCUUCUGUCUCUUGAUCAAUCGAGUCCAAGAAUCUCCUUCCUUUAAGCAAACUUUCACUAACUUCAUUUGCGACAAGCAAUUCGAUUCUAUUCGAUUCUCCUUUUUAUCUGGCUUUCUACUUCCGCUUUCUUCUCUUCAAUUCGAUUUCGGGAGUGCCGCUUUGAGAGCCCUACAUUACCUUCCUAAAUGCAGAGUCUAUCCUCCUGAGUUGGAAAUAGAAUAGAAUGGCGAUCACACAUGCGGAUCUCGCUCCAGGUCCUCGAAGCACAGAGCUGGGAAGCAAAACCGGCACUUGUGUUAUGGUCUUGUCUAUACUCGUUGGUCUCAUCAGCUUCGUUUUAUGCCUCGUCGCUGAAUCCACAAGAUCAGAGGUGACAUGGGUGUUGAAUGUGAAAGGUGGGAGCAAAGGAGGAGAGAGAUACGAAUGCGUAUACAGUGGGAGUGGGAAGACACCAUUGUUGUCUGGGGUUGGUGCCUUUCUGGGUCUCGCCAUUGCUGUCAUCGUUCAAUAUGCUUACCUGAUCAUCGCUGUUAGCAAGUCUACUCCUCCCCCUUUGAUUGCUUGGGACCCUGACUCUCGCUCUGCCAAGUCCAUUGCCUGCCAAGCCGGCGUUCUAUUUCUCACUACCUGGGUAUGCUUCGCGGUAGGGGAGGUGCUUUUGCUGAUCGGACUGAGUGUGGAAUCGGGGCAUCUCAAGAAGUGGUGGAGACCAAAACCGACUUGCCUCGUCGUCGGUCCGGGUUUAUUUUCCGCCGGUGGAGUCUUCGGACUCACGACCGUAUUCCUUUCUUCGGGUCUUUACCUCACGGCUUUACGGGCACUUAAGCUUCGGCAACAGGAGGAUAACGUGCGCCAGGAGGUACUCAACACAUCUUUCCUUUUUGCAUCUCCACCAAGAUCACCUACUCAUCGCAUCACAGAUCAUCCACGUGUAUGGCAACAAUACACAGAUCGACAGCCACCGUCCCCUGGGGAUGGGACCCUGACUGGAACUGCAACUGUGGACCCACCUCCUCUGUACAAAUCUACGCCUUCAGUUUGAA